ACAUUGAGUGCGUUAGAUUGCAGGGAGAAAUGUAUAAAAGAUUUCGUCACGAGCGUUUAGGCAUCAGUUGCUCAUCAGUUUCUUAUUGAAUAGACGUAAAUUAUUAUAAAAAUUAUCAAAAUGAAACUGAUUGUACUAGUCGUUGCCGCCCUCGUGGCCGUCGCCCUCGCCGCACCCGCGGAAAAGGAGCCCACCAAAAUUCUUCGUUCUGAUUUCGAACAACAGCCUGAAGGUGGAUACAAUUACGCGUUCGAAACCGAAGAUGGCAUUAAAAAGGACGAGAACGGUGAGCUUAAAACCGUGAACGACGAGGAGAACAAACCCCACGAAGUUGUAGUGGUGCGCGGCUCGUACAGCUACACCGACGCAGAAGGCAAGCCCCACUCCGUCACCUACUACGCCGACGAGACCGGCUUCCACGCCGAGAGCGAAGAUAUCCCCAAGGCCGCCUAGGCUCUCAAUGGUCAAACCUGACCCUUAGUCAAACAGUGCCACGAACUUUAGCUUAGUUAAGUCAUUAUCAGGACGCGGGCGCGGCAUCCGCUACGCGUUUCCCUUGCUAUUAUUUGUUUUUUUGAUGCUCACUGCCAUAUUUUUUUACAUUUAUACUGAUUUUGUAGUACUGUAAAUAAAAUUGAUCAAAAAGAAGAAUA